AUGACAAUGCAUUGCACGACCGGAACGCUCCUCAAGACCUUCACAACCCCAUUGACACGACGCGCAUCAACCCUCCCCCCGUCCUUCCUCCUACCCGCCUUCACCACCACAACAACGCUACCGUCCCCUUCCUCCUCCUCCUCCUUCUCCACCACCACCCCCCACCACGCCCGCAAAGACGGCAACCCCUACCGCGGCGUCUCCCCCCUACACCGCUCCGGCCUCAACAAAACCCUCCGCAAAUCCCCCGACUACAAAGGCCUCCGCGACCAACUCCAACGCGGCCUCCCCCAACCCGUCCUCGACCAAUCCAAGCGCUCCGAAGUCGAAGUCGACGAAGACCAUGGCCUCUGGGAAUUCCUGCCGCCGGGCCGCCAUAGCCUGAUGGACCCGUCGGAACUCCGAUCGCACGGACGAGCCUGGACGGCAGCGGAGUUGCGCAAGAAAGAUUGGGAUGAUUUACACCGCUUGUGGUGGGUGUGUCUGAAAGAGGCGAAUAGGCUGCAGACGCAGAAGGCGGAGCGGAACCGGUUGGGGGAGAUGUAUGGGGAUUAUGAGAAUGAUGCUCGGAUGAAAGCGGUAAGUCCUCCCCCCAUGGAAUCAGGAAAAAGCGGGAGAUGGGAGAUGGGAGAUGGGGAGAAAAGGCUAACCCAUUCUUCCUUCUUUUUUUCUUCCUUCUAGACGAAAACCACCAUGGACAAGAUCAGAACCGUUCUCUUGGAGCGAUGGUAUGCCUGGGAGAAUGCCCGGAGCGAAGCCAUGCUGGAUGAGGAAGUCAAUAUGUACGCGGAAUUGGACAACAAUGAGCAGGCGUAUUUUCCCAAGGAGGAGCAGCUUGAGGUGAGUGGUUUCAGGAGGUAUAGAAAGCCCAUCAGGAACUGAUAUUUGCAGGGCGAUGAUGCUACAUCAUCCGCAGAUGGCAGCAGCAGCAGCUUGCCUCCCCCGGAUGGCGCACGACUACUUGAGACUCGAGUAUGA